CCGUAUUCUGUGCACUUCUCUCUGCGUGACUAAUGAAUGACAACUCUCUCUAUUAAUUUUUGCAUAUAAAUAUGUUUAGAACUAGCGGUUGCAUAGUUGUUAUUUAUGCAUAUUUCUUAAAUUGUUGAGUUUUUUUGUUGGCGUCAUUGCUGUUGUAACCUUGAAGUACAUACUGUAUUACUUGUCAGACUGUUUACAUUAUUUCUAACAGAAUGCCGUCAAUACUUCCAUUUUUACCAUCAAUAUUAUCAUUAUCACUAUUAUUAUUAUUCAGUGUCGUUAACUCUCAGACGAAUUUUACAACCUAUAUUAAUGUAGAAUUAUCUCACGGUGGUAUAAUUCGUGGUGUUGAAGAGACUGUCAAUAAUGAUGGUGUGCCUAUUCAAGUGAAUCGUUUCUUAAGCAUACCAUACGCUUUACCACCAGUUGGUAAAUUAAGAUUUGCUCCACCAAUAGAACAUCCUGGCUGGAAUGGUAUACGUGAUGCUACUAAACUCUCAGCCACCUGUUGGCAGUAUAUAUUCACUGGAUUCGAUUCAGUUAAUCCUGCUGGUAGAAUGUGGAUUAAUAAUACCGAGAUGAAUGAGGAUUGUUUAUACCUUAAUGUAUGGCAACCGACAAAUAGUGUCAAUGCUAGACAACCACUUCCCGUUAUGGUAUGGAUCUAUGGAGGAGGAUUUACAUCAGGCAGUGCUAAUCUACAAGUCUACAAUGGUGCAAUACUUGCAGCUACACAAAAUGUUAUUAUUGUCUCUAUGCAAUAUCGUGUUGGUGCAUUUGGAUUUCUACGCUUAGAUCCUUCGUUAGACAACAGUAAUAAUAAUAAUAACGAUGGUAAUAAUAAUAAUAAUAACAACACUGCCAACAAUACAUCAAGUAUACCGGAUAAAGAUAUCGCCUUAGGGAAUCAAGGUAUAUUAGAUCAAUAUAUGGCAUUAUUAUGGGUUAAAAAUAAUAUUCAACGUUUUAAUGGUGAUCCUAAUCAAGUGACAAUAUUUGGUGAAUCAGCUGGGGCUGUAAGCAUAUCAAUUCUAUGGUUAUCACCAUUAGUUCAACCAUAUUUUAAAAGAGCUAUUCUACAAUCUGGUAGCUUGUAUGCUAGAUGGGGAUUAGAUGAACCGUAUGAAGCGCAUGAGAAGGCUGUUGAGUUCUCCCUGGCUUGUAAAUGUAAAUCGCCAUCAUUAGAUCGCAAGGCAAGUUUAGCCUGUCUCCAAGAGCUUGAUCCGCUUACGCUAGUCAACCAAUUGGAUAGUAUUCAUGAAGCCAUUGGUAAACGUCGUUAUAAUAUUCUGCAUAAAUGUUUACAUCCAAACACCUUUACAAGUGAAUCAAUCCUCCUUGGCCAAGCGGGCAGUAGCCGAUUAUACUUUGAUGUCCCCUUUCAACCAGUUAUUGACGGUUAUGUAAUACCAAAACAUCCUGAUCUUAUAUUCAAUACAAAAAAUAAUAGUGAAUUAAAAAAUCAACCAGAAUUAUUAAUCGGUGUUAAUGAGAAUGAAGCAAUGUAUUUUCUACUGCCUGGUCUCUCAAUAAAAAAUGCUCAAUUCAUAUACGAGAACGGUUCUAUUUUAAUACCGACAGCGAUUGACUUAGCCGCCAAACGAAAACCAUUCAGACCAAAAGGUGAAAUAGCCGAUUUCUAUUGGAUAACAACAGCACAAAUCCUAGAAGAAGCACAAAUGCGACCUGGCUUGGCUAAAUUACCAGCUUAUUAUUAUAAUUUACCACUUCAAUCGACACCAGAGAAUGGUUAUUUCGAUCCAGAUACAAUGAUGCUGACUGGUGAAGAAUUACUUCGACGUUUGGAUGAAUUAGCCGGUGAUCUGGACUUUGUUUGUCCUACACUAAAUUUUGCUGAUCAAGCAGCAAGAUUACCAGGGCAAAAGUAUACCUAUAUCAUUUUAAGAAGAGAACGCAAUCGUUACCUGUACCACAGUGGACUGGAGUUAUGCAUGGUUAUGAAAUUGAAUAUAUAUUCGGUAUGCCAAAAGAUCCAGUUUUCUCUUCAGAAUUUUAUGGCUUUACUCAAGAUGAAGAAUUGCUCAGUUCGCGUCUAAUGAAAUUAUGGACAAAUUUUGCUAAAACUGGAAAUCCAUCUCGAAGUGAAACUGGUGAAGUGAUUAAUCCACAAUGGCCAUUAUAUCGUCGAAGUGAUGAACUCUUAACAGACGACUAUGAUCAUUUAGUGAUUACGGAUCAAUUAACACCUACUAAAGGAUUACGACGUGAUCAAUGUAAAUUUUGGUUACAUGAAAUGAAAGAUUUAUCAAAAAUAUUACAAACUACUUGUAAACUGUCAUCAAAAGGCAUACGAAUCACUGGAAACUUUUCUCCAUUGAAUGGAUUAUGGUUUAUCCUACUAUCAUUUGCACAUAUUUCAUUUUAUAUGUUUUCGUGAAAAUGAUAAAAAUUAAUAAAAAACAAAAACAUUGCUGUUGGAUUCAAAAACAAUUUCAAACGGAAUUAUAAACACGUUAUUCAAUGUGUACAAUGUUCAAUGUUGAAAUUGAACUCAUUCAAAAAAAAUGUGUGUGUGGCGGCAACUUUAAUUUCUCAAUAUAUACAUCUAUCUAUCUAUCUAUCUGAAAACAGACAUAAUAAAAUGUGAAUAUACCUCAAAUAACUAAUGAAUUUCAAUGCUGUGUAUCAAGUGAUCAUUGCAGUUAGAGUUUUAUUACGAUUAUUAUUAUUAUUUUUUAAAAAAAAACUAUUAUUAACUCUAUACUACUUUUACGAAUAGAACUGUCCAUUCCAGAUGUUCUUAUUUAUAACAAAAUUGUAUAUUCAUUCAUGACUACAAUUCAUUGAUAUUCAGUUGCAUUACUACUGGAAAAUGUGUAUAUCAUAUAUGCAGAACAUGUGAGAAAGUCGUUAGCUAUACUUAUACUAUAUAUAUAUAUAUAUAUA